AUGUGUCCAAUUCCAAGAGUGGAUAAUUAUGAUGUCAUUCGAGCCAAAUUCAUUGUCGAUUCACUUGAUCAUAAAAUGAUGACCACAUUUUCAAAAAAUGCGAAUGAAUUCAGAGAUGAAGGUCGUGUUCGUUCAAAUAGUAUAAAGAUUAUCAAAAAAAUCGAAAAGGAAAUCAAAAAAUCAAUUAAAGAUGUAUCCAAAGAUGAUCUUGAUGUUAUAGAAAUAGAUUUAUCACCCAUUAAAACUAAAAAACGCGAGAAGGUUCUUGAAACUAUUCAUAAUAUUUACCAAGCCGAAAGAAUUGAUGAUAUAUUGUUCAUAAAAUUUGAUGGUUUUGUGAAGGGAGAAAUGCAUAUGGCAUUACUAUAUUCACUUGAUCAACAAUUAACUUGGGAUAUUCUGAUUGAUACAAUAUCAGUAGUUAAUGGUAAUGAAUUUCGACCAGAUAUAGGGGCAACCUGGGUGCGAUUGGAGAAUGUUCUCAAAAAUGAGAAGGUUAAAUUACAGGAAUCUUCUAAUAAAAAAUAUAAGCAAACUUUAAAGCUUGCAAAGAUCUUCAAAGACCAAUUCAAGGAUUGUCAUAACAAGUUUACAGAAGAACAGAUUGAAUAUAAAUUUUUUUAUGCUCAGACUUAUACAACUUAUUUCUUUAAUAGGGGAAAGAAAAUGCUAAAAGCAUCAGCAAUUUUAAAGAACGAAUCACUCCAAGAUAAUUAUAGAUGUAGUCACGGUAAUAAGAUUGGCCUUGUCAUGAGCAUUUCCGAUAUCAAAAUUAGAAAAUGUGAUCAUGGAAGUAUCAGGUUCUCCAAACGAGCAAGAUCAUACCCAUUAUAUCAUAAAUUUUACGUUUAUUCAAUGUGUAUGCCAUUUUCAGCAAAAUAUUAUUUCAAGCUCGAAUUCAAAUUAGAGUGUCCAAUAACAAUGAGAACAUUUUCCAAGGAAUUACCGAAAUUUGGACAAAAUUUAUGGAAAAUGAGGGAUCUGGUUCAACCAAGUGUGACAGAAAUUAUGACGUAUAUUGAUAGUGAAGAGGGUGAAGAAAAUGAUGGAGCAGUUUCAGUUGAUACGGUCAAUCAAUCACCAAGAAAGGAGCCAAAUCCUGAGGUUGAUGAUUCUGACGAAGAGGAAGAAGUGGAAAUGAUGGUUAUUUCUGAUAAAGAGGCAUUAAAUAGUUUAGAAAAAGUGAUUCAAUAUUUAAAAAAUCCACCAGAUAAUUUUAGCUAUCAAGAAUUAAAAAUGAUUAAUAGUUUAAAAUCAAAAAUUCAUAAACAUGUUUAG